CUCCCUCACGACGCCGCCGGAGCGCUGUGGCCGCGGACUACCCUGAGCAAAGUCGGUCUCCGGGGUCGUCCAGUGGACCCCCGUCUGGUGCCGGAGCCCCCCUCCUCACCGUCCACCUGCCCUCGGCUUGGAUUCUGCCUACCUGCGACCCCCGGCCCGGCCCGCUCCCUCCCGCAGCCCGGCCUUACCUGGAAGAGACCGGAGACGCGUUCUGCAGCCACCAUGGGCGGGCACGGGCAGGCCCCGGAGGUACCGAGGAGCCGCAGAAGUUCGUGGAGAAAUGAAAUGGAGAGAUAAAUGCGAAUCGUCCGUGGACCUUUUGCAGCUCCCUGCUAGGAUGACAGACAAGGUCGUUUGCUUCUCCUGAACGUGCAAGCUAAUGGAGGGGCUGGGGGGACGGGAGUAUGGACGUUUUUGCAAGAGUCAAAUAAACUCAGAAUGAAAACAUCCUCCUGCCCCUCGUCAUCAGUGCACCCUCAGGCAUGGGUUGGAAUUGGAGCCUGUCCCCCAACCCGAAGGCAACCAGCAUCAUGUGCUUGCUGACUGCUCUUCAUCCACCUAUUGAUGCCUCCCAGAAAAAAACGCCAGCCACGGUGCCAGAAAGCCCAGCUGCUCUUCCACCAGGAACCACUGGAGGGACCCAAGCACCACUCUGGAUCUCCUCAGCCUCCCAUCACCCACACCGUGCAGGUGCCCAGCAAGCCGAUUGACCACAGCACCAUCACUUCCUGGGUAACACCUCAGUUUGAUAUAACAGCAGAAAGCUGCUUCCCAGCAUUCCGGAAACGUCCCCGCAACCAGAGAAGACAUUCAAGUUGGAAAUCCACCACAUCCAAGUUUCCACAUCUAACUUUUGAGAGUCCACCCACUUCUUCCAGUUCAGAGACACUGGGGAUCCCCCCAGUGAAGGAGCGUCCCCAUCAAUCAGAAAAGGAAGGUUCCAGGAGGCCCUUGGUUCCAGUGCUCAGCCCCCAGAGCUGUGGGGACCUGUCUGUGAGUUCCCCUGAGAGCCUGCCUCACGUGUUCAUUCCUCCCGAUAUCCAGACCCCAGAGCCCUCUUUGGUGGGGGGAGAAGCCAUUCCCCCAGGCCAGAAGGAGAACGCCCUGCGAAGCUGCCCCCUUCACCUCGGCACUCCCAGCAGCCCAGAGCCUGGGCCUGUGUUGGCCGAAGACACCCCUGAGGAGAAGUACGGGGUGAAGGUCACGUGGAGGAGACGACAGCACUUGCUUGCAUACCUCAGGGAGAGAGGGAAGCUGAGCAGAAGCCAGUUCCUUGUGAAGAACUGACUGGAUUCCCGGACAGCUGCUCCCGCAUCAGCAGUCCUAGAACAGGACUACAAAUGUCACUUUUCUGGCUCACUAGGGAGUGUUUCUGUAGAAUAAAAUGGACAUAACACCAGCAGAAACAAGAUCUAACUAGAGCCCAGGGUCAUAGGGGAAUUUAAUUCCCAAUUUGCCUCUUAAGAAACUUGCACCAUAAACAGUUGAGUUCAGUGUCAUGAACUGUUCAUGUUUUUUCUUAUAUUAACUUUAAAAUACCUUGAACCUGUUUAACAUGUGUAUAAAUAAACAGUUGCAGAAAGUUUUUAGAGAACCCUGCUCCUGUCAGUAGUGUAACAAUAUUACCCACCCACAAAAACCUUUCUUGGUUAUCUUGUCACCACGGCUCACCAGUCCGUGAAUCACUGCACUCAGACUGAUUCAUGCCACUCUGAGGCUCAGUGUCAGCUGAUGGACAGGGGUAGUCACCGCAAAGCCCGGGACCUCGUGGUGGCCCACUGUCACCCCUCCUCUUGGCUCGUGUGCUGACAGAGCAAGAUGAACAGGGGCUCAGGGCCUGCUUUAGUGAACGCAGUGGGAUCAGGGAUGAGUGGCACACAGAGGGGGCGCUUAGAUCGGCUUGUGCUUUGAGUGUUUCCACCCAAGAAACCUGUAAAUGUUAAAUCUGUAAAUAUUAAAUAGGGGUAGGAAAAUGGUUUCUUAUAAUAACUUUAAACGGUGUAUACAUAAACGUGGACCUUUUUGAAUACUGUUGGAGUUAAUGCAGGCUUGCCCAGUCAACAAAGUGUCACGUGGGUUUUGCAAGUAGCAUCUCAUUUAAGCCCCAUUCAUGGAGCAUUCAGGAGCCUACACUGUGUCAGGUGCAGUCCCAGCUGGACCAAGCAGGUGUUCUGUUUAUAGGUGGGAAUCUGAAGCCCAGAGAGUGAGCCAUGUUUACCAUCACACAGUAAGUGCAAUGCUCUGC